GCACGUUUCUAGGUUGACCUUCACUCAACGCCAGGAACCGGGCACUGGCCACCGACUCGUUGGAUAGUGCUUUUCGACCACGGGUGGAAAGACAUCCCCGCCUUGUGGCUUCUAGCACCGUCCUCGCAACCUCCUUCUUCAUUUCCACACCGCCGACUAUCUUUCCUGUGCUGUUAUUCGCUUCCUCUUCCCCCGACUCUCAAACCUCCACGGACUACUCCGCUCCAUUACCCAGGAUUCGACUUGAAUAACAGGGAACCCGUUGGCUCUUGGUCUUCAACCUCCACCUCCCGGAAAACUGAGAAGGCUGGCCCUAGCACUAUCCCACCGGUGCCGAUUAUCCCUUGAUCGAAACCGCUCUGCUAGCCCCGGCACCACGGCGCCUUUGCAAUGGCCCGUGAUGGCUCUGCACUCCGUUCCUCGCGACACUUUCGGACUCUGCUCGAUGAUAACCUCGGUGACUACUCCCUAUCCGAGCGUAUCCUACGGUGAUGAUGUUGCGUACAGUACCCCGUCUGCCUUGGAUGCGCCUUUCGAGGCCCGCCAGUUUCUAGAGCGUCCGCAAGCGCCCGUCAUUCACGGCGAGAUCGGAUUCCAAUGGCACUGGGACGGCCGUUUUUCAGACGACAAAAAACCCAGCCCAUCCAUCAAAAAGAGCGAGGCGCAGAUGUCUACUUCGGCCAAGUCGACUACCUCGGACUCAACAGCAACAUCAACGGCCUCCACGACGAUAGUACCCAACGUACGGGUGAACGGCGCUCCCACAUACGAAUUCAACACGCCGGUGGACAACCUAAUGAAGGUCUUCAAGAAAGUGGUGGGAGGCGAAACGUCAACAGAUCAGGCAGAGACAGCCGAGACAGAGUCGCGGCGGUUUCGCUGUGAUAUUCCUGGUUGCACCAAGUCAUUUACGCAAAAGAACAACCUCGACAAGCACCGACGAGCCCACACUGGCGAGCGCCCUUAUAAAUGCAAACUCUGUGGACAGGGUUUUACCCAAACUGUUAACCUACGGACACACACGAGACGUCAUUUGGGGGAGAAGCCCCACAAGUGUAACAAAUGUGGGAAGGCUUUUCCGCAAAGAGGGAAUCUCACGCAACAUAUGAGAACUCAUGAUCGGACUAAGACAUGGGUUUGCAAGCUCGAUAACUGCGGCAAGAAAUUUACUUGGCGUGGCAAUUUAAAGCCUCAUCACAACAAAUUCCACCGGAACACGAUCGACACACUCCUCGCGAAGCUCGCUACAGGCCAAGUCUCUGACGAGGAGAGGGAAAUGGCCAAGUACUUGUACGACCUGUACCCCCACGCCAAUAAGGGGAUAAAGGGACGAGGGAAGGGCGAGAAAGUCCAGCGUGUCGCACCAUCAUGCCCGCAACCGCAGCUAGAUGCUACCUCAACUUCGACCAGCAGCAUCACUGCCCCUACUUAUUCGAUGCUGAUGCCCCAUGGGCUCCCGGUCAUGCCCAUGCCCAUGCCACAACCAUCGCACAAUUCAUACCCGUUCCCUGGCUUAAGCCACCCCGCCGCGUACAGCAUGGCUCAUGAGGAAUUCGGCAUGGUAACCAGCAGCCAGGUAUCCGCGCCCAACCUGGCCCCCUACAAGGAGGAGGAGGAGCAGCUUGCGUUUGCUGAUUGGGGGUGGUACUGAGCGCUUGUUCCAGACUUCCACAUCGCUUCACUUUCCAAUUCCAACUUUCCUUGGCUGGCUUUUAUAUUAGUUCUUUAAUCACGAAAAGCGCUAUCCAUACAGUGGAGGGAUGGGUUGGCUAUUGUCGUUUCCGCGCCAGGAAAUUCCAUUAAUGUAUUUUGGACGAGU